AUGGGAUUUAGGGAGGAUAUGCAGCAAAUACUUUCUUUUAUUAAGGAACAAAAAAAUAAUAAUAAUAAUAAUAAUAAUACAGCAGCAGGUGCUGCAGCAGAUAGUACAGGAGCAGCAGCAGGAGCAGCAGCAGCAGCAGCAGCAGGAGGAAAAGAUUACCAAUUGUUGCUAUUUACUGCUACUUUCCCUAAAUGGGCAAGAGUAAUAGCUGAUGAUUUUAUGAAUAAAGAUAAAGUAUUUAUAGAUGUAACUGCAUACCAGAUACGUCAAGGAGAAGAGGAAGCAGCAGCAGCAGCAGGAGGAGGUGAUAAAUCCGCAGCAGCAGCAGCAGCAGCAGCAGCAGGAGGUACAGGGAGUGGUGCUGGUCUUAUAGAGCAUUUAGCAUUAUAUUGUCAUUGGAAGGAUCGAAUAAAUGCUUUACCAUUAUUAAUAAAUUUAUACUGCCGCAGCAGCAGCAGCAGCAGCAGCAGCAGCAGCAGCAGUAGCAGCAGUACAGCAACAGAAUUAGAAGGAGAAGGAAUAAAUAAAUCAUAUAACCAAUUAAAUAGAUCAGGAGGAACAGGAGAAUCAGGAAAAGAUGAAGAAAAAGGUUUAUGUGUAAUAUUUUGUGAGACAAAACAAGAAGUAAAUGAUGUAUCUCUUUGUUCAUCAAUAAGUAAUAUAAGUUGCUGUCUACAUGGAGAUAUGACACAACAACAAAGAGAUACAACUUUAUUAUCCUUUAAGAAAAAACAAUUUAGUGUAUUAGUUGCAACAGAUAUAGCAGCAAGAGGAUUAGAUAUAAAAAAUAUAAAUUUAAUUAUACAAUUAUCUCCUCCUCGUGAUAUAGAUACAUAUAUACAUCGUGCAGGUAGAACAGGGAGAGCAGGAAAAAAAGGUAUAAAUAUAUUAUUUUAUUAUAAAUAUAAUUCUUCUUUUUUAUCUCUUAUUGAAUAUUAUAAUAAAAUUAAAUUUAUAAGAAUACCUUUUCCUUCUUCUUAUCAAUUACGCAUGCAUACUAUACAUAAUAUUAUUCAUCAUUUAUUUCCUUAUCUUAAUCUUUCUGCUGUUGCUGCUAAGGUUGCUAAAGCUGCUGCUGCUGCACAGGAACAAGGAUAUGGGCAGGCAGCAGAGCAGCAACAGCAGCAGCAACAGCAGCAGCAGCAGCAGCAGCAGCAAAAAGGGGAAGAAUAUCUUCUUAUUGAACAAGUAACAAAAAAAAUACUAAAGACAGAGGACCCUAAGGAUAUAAUUAUACGUCUUCUUACUUGUAUAGCUAAUGAGGGAGCAGCAGCAGCAACAGGAGCAGCAGCAGCAGCAGCAGGAGAAGAUGAUAAUGUGUCUCCUUUAUCAGGAAGAAAAGGGUUUAUUUCUUAUCAUUUAAUCUUUUCUCCUCCUCCUUCUCCUCCUCUACAAGGAUCUUGUUCUUAUGUAUGGAGGGCAUUAAAGAAUAAAUUCCCUGCUGCUCCUGCUGCUGCUGCUGCUGCAAGAAGAGGAACAGCAGCAGCAGCAGCAGCAGGUGGAGGAGGAGAAGAUGUUAUAGAGAAAAUAGAACAAAUGGUACUAACAGAGGAAGGGGAUGGGGCUGUCUUUGAUGUUCCUGCUGCAGUGCAUGCAUCCUUUGUGCAGCAAAUAGUUAAACCAUUAAAGGAAGAAGCAGCAGCAGCAGCAGCAGCUGCUGCUGCUGCUGCAGCAAAAGGGAGAGCAGGAAGCAGCAGCAGCAACAGGAAAGGGUUAACUAUUCAUCGUCUUUGUGGUACUUUGCCACCCCUACAAGAUUGUCUCUAUCUUGCAAGAAAAGAACUGCAGCAGCAGCAGCAGCAGCAGCAGCAGCAGCACUCACGUACCUCUCUUGCUGCUCUACGUCUAAACCCUAAUCAUAUAUCUAAUCGUAGAGGAGGGGGAGCAGCAGGAGGAGGAGGAAGAGGAGGAGGAGCAGCAGCAGCAGCAGGAGGAGGAGGAAGAGGAGGAGGAGCAGCAGCAGGAGGAAGAGGAGGACGCAUGCAGCAGCAGCAGCAGCAGAGGGGAGGUGUACGUACACCCGAAAGCAACAAAAGGGAAAGAGGAGAUGAUAGAGGAGGAAGAGGAGGAAGAAUUAAUUCCUUUAAGAGACCCCGUACUAAUUAA